AUGGGGAAUUCAAACAGAAAAUAGAAAUGUGGUAUUUAAUAGAAACCCUAGGAUAGAAUCACAUCAUGUAGGUACUGGAGAAAAAUUCUUAUAGAAGAUAGCAUUUAAAGGCAAGAUAAGGAAUUCAAUGAUGAGUUAAAUUGAGAGCAAAUGGAGAUUAGUUGAUGGUAUUCUUCAAUUAUAUUAGUUACUGAUAGAUUAAAAAGGAAUUCAUCCGUAUAGAUAAAAUAUGGAGGAUGCUGAAGAUAUUGUCUGUAGAAUUAUUAUAUCAUGUUGGAACCAAAUGGAAGAGAAUCAAGAACUACAAAAGAUGUAUGACAGAGAAGCAAGCCUUUAUAUAAGCUUAAUAUUUCAAGACAGAGCAAGAAAAAUCAAAGAAUUUGAAAAGUAGUUGGAUUAUAAGUUGAUAAAACCAAAUGAUAUUAUAGUAAAGUCUAUUAUAAUUAUAUUAUCGAUAAAAUGA